ACUGAACGCCUCCUGGCUGCAACAGGCCAGGCGCAAUGCUCUCAAUAGUAGCUGGCUAGCUAGUUAGCUACCAUUCAUCGCUAGGCAGAACCAGGUCAAGCCAGUCUGGGCUUAGCCAAACCAGAUCACUUUCCAAACGAAACGCAAUUAUACUGCGAGAAAGGCGUAGGGUUAAAGUAAGGGGAUUUCGCGCAUCGCAAUCUUAUUAAGAUUAGGAACGUAAGGCGCGCGAGUUAGCCUAGCCUGCUGGAAACUACCUGGCUUGUACGUAGCUGCAUACCUUAGCACGCUAGGUGGUUGCUCUGUGUAACCAAACCUGCCGCCAAAAUAUUCCCCGAACAUUACUGGGACAUUAAAAACAAAAGUAACGUGACGGAAUCGGAUCUGCAGAAUGGCGAGACCUUCUAGGAAUAAGAGGGUAGUUGAUUAUGCCCAGUUUCAGGAGUCUGAUGACGCUGAUGAGGAAUAUGAAGGAGAUUCUGACAGACCCAAGAAGGCACUGAAUCAGAGUGAUGAAUCUCGAGUUAAAGACCACAAGAAGGACUUCAGCGAUGAUGAUAAUGACUAUGGUGAGGAGGAAGAGGAUGAUGACGGUGGCGACAGUGACUACGAGACUAAAAAGAUCAGCAAGGGAAGGCAGGCGACUGCUAAACGGAAAAGAGCUGCAGAUGACAGUGACGAUGAUGAGAAGGUUGUGAGGAAGAAGGGCCGGCAAGUGAGGCAGGCUGCUAGUAAGGCGGUCUCCAAACAGAGGGAGAUUCUUCUUGGCGAUGGAGGCAGUGAAGAAGAGGAAGGAGAGGAGGAGGAAGACGAAGAUGACAGUGAUGUUUAUACAGGAGAGGAUUCAGGCAGCGAUGAAGAUUUUAUGGUGGAAGAUGAUGACGAUGACAGCGACUAUGGGAGGCCCAAGAGGAGGAACUCGAAAGUCAGCAGGAGGAGCAAAGACAAGAAGUCCCCAAAAUCCAGAAUAAGAACUUCAGUGAGCAGGGGGCCAAAAAAGAAGAGAGGAAAGCGUCAGACUAAGGCAAAGAAAGUCGUAACCAAAAAAGUCAUCCCUAAAGACGAGGACGAAGACAUCGAGAGCCCUAGGGAGGGAGAGGAGGAGGAGGAAGAGGGGAAGAAGGCGGCGCAAGACAAGAAGAAAGGCGAGAAGAAAAAAUCCCCCCCAGCCGAGAAGGCCGAAGAGAGCGGCGGAGAAGGGGAGGACAACGACGGCGAGGAGAAAGAGGGGCAAGAGAGUGAGAAGGAGAAAGGGGAAAAGGACGAUGCCUCUGAGGAGGAUGCUCCGUCAGGUGAAGACUGAGCGUCUUCUUUCUGAUGGGAGAAAAUUGUUUUACCCGUUCUUUUUUUUUGUCUUUUUUUUGUCUUUUCUUAUUGUGGAACAGUGGAGUUUACUUUCCACACUGCUCCGGGUGUUUUGGAUGUUUGUUUAUUUCUUUCAUCCUGUAAAUACAAUAUUUCAGAUGAACUCUCUGUGAAGUAUCAUCCACACUAUUUGCAAACAGUAUCGCUGAAGUUACCUGCGCCACUUUCUUUAUAUCCAGCUUACGGUAAUCUAUAAUAAUAAUAAUAACAAUAAUAAUAAUAUUGAGCGUUGCUUGAUGACCUUUUUGCUAAUUUAAUCUUUAUUCAGUUACAAAUCGAAAAGAAAGUGGUGGAACAUUUAUCACACCGAUGAACCCUUUAUGGCUGGAUCGUUUUGUUAAAUUCCAAAAUAUCAUCUCUCGUAUAUAUUUGCAGACUUCAAUAGAGAAGAUUAAAACUAUGAUUUGCUCUGAUGUAGAGAAUGUAAUCUCUGUGGAUUAAUGCUAUAUACGAAAUACAAGAUUAGAAAUACCGCCAUAAGAUAUCUGUUUUGUUUGUUUUUGUAAAGCAAAGCGUAUGCUCUCACUCUGUUAAAUGCUUUUCAAAGCUGUGGGCACGUUUGUUUUGUGUUUUUAUUUCUUGACAUGGAGCUGCCUUGUGGAUUUUUACAGCACCAAAUUAGUCCGUUCCAACAUAUUCUACCAUAACAGAACCAGACCACCACUUUCUCUUCUGUCAGUCCUUAAUUCAUCAUCAAUCCUCCCCCCGAACACCCCCCCCACACACACACACCCGAUAUUACUAAUUAUUUUUCUUAAAACCUAAAGAUAUCUAGAACUGGAUCUUUUCGAAUUCCUAAUAGAACCGUUUUUUGAAGUCGGUUUUUGCAAAAAAAACAACAAAAAGCUUGUGCGCUGGAAGAGUGGAAGGUCAUACGUCACCUUGUACAUUCUCUAACCGUUAAAAAAGAUGUUAGCAUUUCUGACGCGUUUUGCUUUGAACGUUUCCGCAGCUUAAACGUAGCCUAAUAAUUGCAUUGUAGUACCGCAGUUCAUGGAGUGGCAUUACGUGUGUCGUGAGUUGUGUGUAGAUGGCGUGACCAGAGCGGUAGCGUGUACGGCGACUCGGGUGUAUGAAUGUAAGGAAGGCUGUCAGGAGCGAGCUAGUAACAACCUUAUUAUUGACUUUGUGAUGCUUUAUAUGUGUAUUUUUUAAGUAUUUCGAUGCUUAUAGAUGCCUUUUUCAGAUAAAUUAUCUGUGGAGCCAGUUGGAUGGUGAAGCAGAAUGUGAUUCGGUUCACACCAUCUUGAGCUUUCUCUGCUUCUUUUGUCUAAUUUCCAUGACUUCUAUCUUUGUCCAGUUAUGUAGCCUUUCGAUCUAUGAUAAUUUAUCUAAAAUAAAACUAAAAUAAAAAAACUUUGUUUUAAUUGAGCUGAUCUGAUUUUUGGAAUAUUUGUUUUACAAGGAAAAAAUAAAAUGUAUCUUGCCUUUAAA